AGAGAGUUAGGGCCACGAGAGAAAAAUAUUUGGGAUGUGAAUAUAAAAAUUUAGUUUUGACUUUAAUCUAGCAAUUCUUAGAAAUAAGUCAGAAUACAGAGAAUUUUCGGAAAGCUGUUGGUCACAUCCCAACAUGUGUUUCUCAUGGUGCCCUGCUCCUCUGUAAAGAUGUCCGCUGCAGUGUUUGCCUGUCAGCCUAAACAAAGGGCUACAUUUACCCUUUGCAUUAAACUCAGUACUGUACACAGUGGACAGUUAUCAGGAUGCCCAGUCGAUAGUCGAGCAGCAGAGCACUUCAACACACUGUACUAGGAGUUUCCACCGGGCUGUAACAGCUGCCUUUAAGGUCAAUAUCACCGGCAGCGGGCGUCGUUUCUCUGUCUUUUACCGGAUAACACGCCCUGCUGGGUUUUUAAGUCCCUAGGAGGCUGAAGCCGGGCAGGCUAACACCGAGCUAACGGCUAACCUCCAGCUGCAGCGUGAUGUUCGGAUGUCUGGUGGCCGGUAGGUUGGUGCAGACGGACGCGGUGCAGGUCACCUCGGACAAGUUCGUGUUCAACCUGCCGGACUAUGAGAACGUGAACCACGUGGUGGUGUUCAUGCUGGGCACGGUUCCGUUCCCAGCCGGUACGGGAGGAGCGGUCUACUUCUCCUUCCUGGACCCUGCAGGCGGCGGCGCGGUGUGGCAGCUGCUCGGCUUCAUCACCAACGAGAAACCCAGUGCCAUAUUUAAGAUCUCCGGGCUCAAGGCGGGGGAGGGCGGGGUAAACCCUUUCGGUAUGAUGGCCUCCUCCUCCCAGCUGUCGCCCUCCGUCGCUCAGGUCGGUGUGUCAGUGGAGGCUCUGGAUCAGCUGGCCCAGCAGAUGCCAGUGUCCAGUGCUGCUGUGUCCACCACGGACUCCUUCCUGCAGUUCACCCAGAAAAUGCUGGACAGUCUCUACAACUUCGCCUCGUCCUUCGCCGUGUCGCAGGCGCAGAUGACCCCAAACCCCUCGGAGACCUUCAUCCCUUCCAGCUGCGUCCUCAAGUGGUAUGAGAACUUCCAGAGGAGGAUGAGCCAAAACCCUAACUUCUGGAAGAACUGACUCUAAGUCUAAAGACAGUUUCCACAGUGCCUACAGCCACAUAGCUUUCAUCCAAACCACUCACAGCUUUACUUGUUAGCUUACAACAUGUGCACAUCGGGUUUUGGUCUAUCAUCAUUACCCGUUUUUAUUAUUGAAGUAAGAACAAGGCUUCUAAAUAUGAGAUUCAGGAUCUUUCCUGGCCCUGGAAACAUCAGCUCCACAUCAAAUAAACUACCAUCUACUUGUUUUUUCUCUUGGAAUAAAAGAGAUUUUUCAACGCAA